GCCGCUGUUGGGCAGUGGGACGCGGCGGGUGCGGAGAACGCGGCGCAGCGAGCGAGCCGGCGGGCGGGUGAGCGAGGACAAGGCCAUGGACAGCAAGAUCCAGCGGGUUCGCGACGCGUUCGCGUCCGGCCGGUCGCGCCCCCUGAGGUUCCGGCUGCAGCAGCUUGAGGCCCUGCGCAGGAUGGUGCAGGAGCGCGAGAAGGACAUCCUGGAGGCCAUCGCCGCCGACCUGUGCAAGAGUGAACUCAAUGCAUACAGUCAGGAGGUCAUUACCGUUCUUGGAGAACUUGAUCUCGUGCUGGAGAAUCUUCCUGAAUGGGUUGCUGCUAAGCCAGCUAAGAAGAAUCUGUUCACCAUGCUGGAUGAGGCCUACAUUCACUCAGAGCCCCUGGGAGUCGUACUGAUUAUCGGAGCCUGGAACUACCCUUUCGUUCUCACCAUUCAGCCUCUGAUAGGAGCCAUUGCGGCAGGAAAUGCUGUCAUUAUCAAGCCUUCUGAACUGUGUGAAAAAACAGCCACGGUCUUGGCCAAACUCCUGCCACAGUAUUUAGACCAGGACCUGUAUGUCGUUAUCAAUGGUGGCGUGAAGGAAACCACAGAGCUGCUGAAGCAGCGAUUUGACCACAUUCUCUAUACGGGAAGCACGGCGGUGGGAAAAAUCGUCAUGGAGGCCGCCGCCAAGCAUCUGACCCCUGUGACUCUUGAACUAGGAGGGAAGAGUCCGUGUUACGUGGACAGAGACUGUGACCUGGACGUCGCCUGCAGGCGCAUAGCAUGGGGGAAGUACAUCAAUUGUGGUCAGACCUGCAUUGCUCCUGACUACGUUCUCUGCGAACCAUCCCUCCAGAAUCAAAUUGUGCAGAAGAUUAAGGAAACCGUGAAGGAAUUUUAUGGAGAAAAUAUAAAAGAAUCCCCUGAUUACGAAAGGAUCAUCAAUCUUCGCCAUUUUAAGAGGAUACAGAGUUUGCUUGAAGGACAAAAGAUAGCCUUUGGUGGCGAGACCGACGAGGCCACACGCUAUAUAGCACCAACGAUCCUUACCGACGUCGAUCCCGAAACCAAGGUGAUGCAGGAAGAAAUUUUCGGACCAAUUCUUCCAAUAGUGCCUGUGCGGAAUGCCGAUGAAGCCAUAAAGUUCAUAAACGACCGUGAAAAGCCUCUGGCCUUCUACGUCUUUUCUCAUAACGAGAAGCUCAUCAGACGGAUGAUUGACAGCACGUCCAGCGGUGGCGUCACGGCCAACGACGUCAUCAUGCACUUCACGCUCAGUUCUUUACCCUUUGGAGGAGUGGGUUCCAGUGGGAUGGGCGCUUACCACGGCAAACAUAGUUUUGAUACUUUCUCGCAUCAACGUCCCUGCUUACUGAAAACUUUAAAGAGGGAAAGUGUUAACAAGCUCAGGUACCCUCCCAACAGCCAGUCAAAGGUGGAUUGGGCCAAAUUUUUCCUCCUGAAACGCUUCAACAAAGGAAAGCUCGGUCUCCUGUUACUUGCUUUCCUGGGCAUCGUGGCGGCUGUGCUUGUCAAGAAAUACCAAGCUGUGCUGAGGAGAAAGGCCCUGUCGAUUUUUCUGGCAUUUCAGACUCUGUCGUCCAGUAAGCAGUGAUGAGAGCCGCCGAACUCAGGACCCAGCUCUGUCUGUUAAGAGUGAGGCGGGAUACUACUGAAGAAAGAUCCUGUUCAACCUCCUAGUUGCCUGUACUGAAUUAUUCCUCUCUUAAAUAGUUAACGAACCAUUUUAAAAUCCUGCCAAAAAUAGGAAGGAAAUAUGCAAAUGCACCCUAAUCAAGCCUGCAAGUCAUUGCCACUCACCAUUAAUAAAACUUCCCGUUUCAUCUGACCCCCCCAGCCUUCCCCCACUGUGGGGGUACACUCAGAGAAUGUCUUUUACGUUGUGUUCCUCAGCUCGCGGUGGGGGGCGGGGUGGGGGCGGAGAAGGUACUAGGCUGACUCCCAGGGAGAUGUAAAAGGAGUCUCUGAACCUGUUGAGUGACUUGUUAACUCCAGUUCAUGGGACACAGGACCUCCCCCCCCCCCCCCCCCCACCUUCCGCCAUCACUCUAUGAAGCUUCCAAGGGGCUCCUCCCUGCCCGGGGUUAUCAACAGCCCUCUGUAGCCCACAGAGGUGAGGAAAGAUCUUCCCCGCCCUGCCUGAGGUUUGAGGCACUGGAUCUGUGUGUUGGGGAUGGGGGGAGGUCCCUGUCCCUCACCCACUGGGACUUGAGGACUUGACCUUCCGGAGCCAGCCCUCCUGUCAAAUGUGCUGUCUGACCAGUGGUCUUCCUCCUUUCCCGUCCAUUCUCCACCGUCUCUUGUAUUUGGUUUGUGAGGCUUUUGUGGCCAUCCGCAGAUGCCUUCUGUAACACCACGCAAGACAUCCUGCAGAUCCCAGGGCUUCCAGGGAAGACAGUUGCCAAUUUCCAUGCAAGUAUCACCUGUCAUUCUUACUGGGCAGGAGUUGUAGAAUUCUGCAUCUUAUAAAACCUAACUGGCACUUUUAUUAUGCUGUAAUAAAAUUACUUACAACAACACUUAUUCUCGGGCACCUGGGUGGCUCAGUCGGUUGGGCGUCCGACUGCAGCACAGGUCACGAUCUCGCAGUUUGUGAGUUUGAGCCCCGUGUCGGGCCCUGUGCUGACAGCUCAGAGCCUGGAGCCUACUUUACAUUCUGUGUCUCCCUCUCUGUCCCUCCCCAACUCAUGCUCUCUCAAAAAUAAAUGUUGGAAAAAAACAAAACACACUCAGGAUCUUAAAAGUUUCAAGUCAGUGGAUCUUCAAGGACAGAUCUUUUAAGUUUCUCAUUUCCAUAGCACAAUGCAAAUAAAUUUCACUUUUUUAAACUUCAGAGAGAUCCCUUUUUGAAUAAAUUCAGCCUUCUGGACUUAACGUGGAAAGCCAUUUCCUGUCACGGGCCAGAGGCCUUGGAUAUUCUGGACUGUGGAGCUUGAGAGCCUCAGGGGGGCUGAUGGUGGAACAUUUGGAGAAGGACUGUGUAAGCCACGGCAUCCCGCUGGAAGAGAAGGGGACAGAGGACACAGGAAGGGGAUCUCCUGAGCAUGGCUGAGACCUGAGGGACUUCAGCCAGGGUGGGAAGGAGCCCUGUGGAAUGCAGCCUCCCUGCCAAGCAUUGGUGACUCCUGGCUACGGUGCCUCCACCCUCCCUGCCCGCCCCCACAUGAGAGAAUGUAAUUCACUUUAGAGAACAUGUAAUCAGCUGCCUUGAAUGAAUCUGUCCCAGGGAGGCUGUCUGAAGUUCACUGUCUUCAUCACAGGAUGCGGUGUCAAUCACUAGGCUAGUUUAAGAUGUCAGGAUAAUCGGUCAUGAAAUACCUUAGACAAAAUUUCAAUACGGAGCUCUCGUUUAGCACAUUAAAUUGUGCCCUGUGAUUUCUAGUUACGCUAACCACUGGCUUGUCUGCUACUAUGUUCUGCUGCAAAAUAAAUACGUCAUAUUUGAUAAAA